GAUAUGUGUGACAACACUUCCUGGUUUGGUGUUUAUUAAUAAGUCUGAUAGUUCCCAGUUUCAGGACGAAGUUACUUAGUCAUGAUCGAAAUACAUUGAAUGAAAUUAGCGAAUGUUGUGAUUACACGCAGAAUAUAGUAGAACGUUCCGGGUAUCUACCGUUAUCAUGGCCGAGGAAAGGAUUACCGCAAACUUCAAAUUUAUUAUUCGAAAUGUGGAGCCUAUAACAAUAUUGGACUAUUUGAUACAAUGCGGCCAUAGCGAUGGGGAAAAAAUUAGGAACAUCGCUAAAAAAUUACAGCACAACUGAAGCUAAUCGUGCAAUCAUAGAAAGUCUGCCUCGGAUGAAAGAUGGCAAAGGGUUUGACCACUAUAUUGACGCCCUGAGGGAGGAGGGAAUGGACUUUGUUUUAGAGAAACUAGGAUUUCAAACAAGCGCAACACAAUCUAACACUUCGCUAUAUUCCAGAAAUGAUGAGUCUUCGCGAUUGAAAACUCUCGUUAAGAGUCCCGUGGAGAGUUCGGAAGAAAUAGGGAGCAGUAGCUUUUCCAACAGCAUCGCCGUAAAUUCGAUUACGUUAGAAGGGUGUAGUUUAGAGGAAAGUGACGGGGCGGUGAUUUCUCGGAGGCAGAUAGACGAAAACCAAUACAGCAACAUUGAUGAUACAGUACCGGAUUCUGAAAAUUCAAGUGAGAUGUUACGAGUUCCAGCGGAACAAUGCUAUGAAAAUUACCGGACGGGACCGCCAGAACAUGCAUAUGAGGAUAUUACAAAGGAAGGGGAAAUACACUUGCUCGAACCGACAACUCUCCAGUGUCCACAACGGCAAAAGUCUUCAUGCCCAGACGAAUUUUCGGCCUUAACAAAGGAUGCUGCAUGGCACGCUAAUAUCAACGAUACAACGAUCCACAAAGUAGUUGAUGACUUGUGCGCAUGUCCGGCGGGAAAGUAUAUAAUGUGGUACAGCAAAGCCAAGGGCACAAUGCUGGUGUCUGUGGCAGUCCCCAGGAUAACUAAGAAGCAUGUACACUUCAAGAUGUUGCCAACAUGGAUAGGUGGCGUGCUUCAUUACCAGUUCGACAGUCGGUUUUGCAGCCCAGAUCCUGUAGCUUGUGCUCGACUUCGCCAAGAAGAAUGGUAUAAUCAUCAUGCCCGCAAAACUAAGACGUUACCUAGAACAGUAAUGAUGAGAGACCACGAGUUGUCUCCCCUAGGUCACGAACAUUUGUCAUUGCCUGAUGUGAUGAUUUCAACAUAUCUUCUACUUUCUGUAAAUUUAUUUUCAGUACAGGAUUAACUAAGAUCCUCUACACCGGACUCAAUUAUAAAAUGAUAACGAGAUACAGUAAAUUCGGUUGAUGCCAUGGCGCAGCGUCCGUCGUCCGUCGUCCGUCAACGUUUUCUUUUAAUCUCUACUUAUCCCGAACGCCUGAAUCGAUUUUUAAUGAAAUUUGGUCUGGAGCAUUAUUUGGCAAAGGAAAAGAAGAGUUAAAUAAAUGGAGGGUGUGGCUCCCUUGGGGUCGGAGGAGUAGGGUUCAAUAGGGGAAAUUGAGGUAAAUUCAUUAAAUCCAUACUAGUCCUGAACGCCUGAAUGGAUUUUGAUGAAAUUUGGCCUGGAACAUAAUAAGGCAAAGGUGAACAAUGUUGUAUAAAUGGCGGGUAUAGCGUCCAUGGGGCGGGAGGGACUGGGCCCAAAAGGGAAAAUUGGGGUAAAUCCUUUAAAUCCCUAAUAGUUUUGAACGCCUGUUUGGCCUGGAGCAUAAUUAGGCAAUGGAGAUAUAAUGUUGAAUAAAACACGGGAGGUUGCACUCUUGGGGCGGGAGGAAGGGAGCCAAAAAUGGGAAAUAAACAAAAUUAUAACUUAAGUUUAGAGCGUUUUGCCAUUAUAACUGAAAUAUCCGGAGCUUUGUGCUAUUCAUUUUUGCGCGUCACUUUGUCCAGUUUAUUCCGGAUAAUUAAAGUCUCCCAGUAUAAUAAUAUACGAGAAAAGGUUCACAACACUUAAUGAUUUUCGUUGGAUCUGCUUUGUGAUCUCAGUAAUAUAAGCACACUAACAUUUCAUCUUUAUUAGUUACAUUUAUUAUUACGGAUACUUUCACUUGUGUAUAUAUAAAAUCUUAUGUAAUCCGUAAUGUUAACAUCACCUUAUACAUGUAUAUAAUAUUCUAUUAUGUGAAUCCAACAUUUCUUUAUGUGAACUAAACACUAACUUAUGUGGAUUAAACAUUUAUUUAUGUGAAUUCAACACUUAAUUGUGUGAAUUCACCAUUACCCUAUGUGUAUUCAACAUUAACCUAUGAGAAUUCAACAUUAACUUAUGUGAAUUCGACAUUACCUUAUGUGAAUUCACCAUUAACUUAUGUGAAUUCAAUAUAAACUUGUGUGCAUUCAACAUUGACUUAUGUGAAUUCACCAUUAAAUUAUGUGAAUUCGACAUUACUUUGUGUGAAUACAACAUUAACUUAUGUGAAUUCAAUAUGAUCUUACGAUCAUUCAACAUUUAUAACAGUAAUGGUAUAAGGCUUUAUUUAGACUUGAUCAUAUAUUGAGUCAACGACUCGUCUUACAUAUGGUCAAGUCAUAUAAAAUGUACAUUAUACACAACAUUACAAUUAUAAAAAAAUAAGCAUACAAUUAUUUAAUACACAAGCUUAUAAAAUAGUUCGUAGUACGAUGACAAUGGACAAACAUCACAGUGCUAUAAUCAUUGUUUAAGUAUCACAUAUCGUCCUGGUUGCCUGAUCAAUCGUGUCAAGGGCUCAGCUUCUGUGCUGGUCAUAUUACCUCUUGCUACGCCACCUUCAUCGUCGACACGAUUGAACACGUUCCAUACCAAUUAAACAAAUUACUCUCUACAAAACAUAUCCUAGCUUUGAACGUUUCGUAAGCAAUUGCGCUAAGUAGAUAACGCCUUUUUAAAAAGACUAGAGGCUAGUAUAUGGUAUCAGCUAUGUGCAUAAUUACGUUUCUAAAACAAAUGAAAACAUAUUGCAUUGCGACACUAUAAAAUACUGUUUGGCACAUUUCUUGAAAGAUAAAGACUUUUACAAUUUUGUACGUAAGCUGGUAAACUAUUCCAUGUAUAGGACCUUGGAAUGUUAAAUAUGUUUUGAAUAUAUUUGUUUUAAAAGAUGGCAUUACAUGGAUGUACAUUCAAAAUUAUAUGAUGUACAUUCAACAUUAUCUGAUGUACAUUCAUCAUUAUCUGAUGUACAUUCAACAUUAUCUGAUGUACAUUCAACAUUAUCUGAUGUACAUUUAUCUGAUGUACAUUCAAGAUUAUCUGAUGUACAUUCAACAUUAUCUGAUGUACAUUCAAAAUUAUCUUAUGUACAUUCAACAUUAUCUGAUGUACAUUUAUCUGAUGUACAUUCAAAAUUAUCUGAUGUACAUUCAACAUUAUCUGAUGUACAUUCAACAUUAUCUGAUGUACAUUCAAAAUUAUCUGAUGUACAUUCAACAUUAUCUGAUGUACAUUCAAUAUUAUCUGAUGUACAUUUAUCUGAUGUACAUUCAACAUUAUCUGAUGUACAUUUAUCUGAUGUACAUUCAAGGUUAUCUGAUGUACAUUCAAAAUUAUCUGAUGUACAUUCAACAUUAUCUGAUGUACAUUUAUCUGAUGUACAUUCAAAAUUAUCUGAUGUACAUUCAACAUUAUCUGAUGUACAUUCAACAUUAUCUGAUGUACAUUCAAAAUUAUCUGAUGUACAUUCAACAUUAUCUGAUGUACAUUCAACAUUAUCUGAUGUACAU